GAGCAGUGUGUGGAAAGGAAUCGUAGAGGUUACCUGGCGACAAGGUGUUCAGUAGCCUGUGCACAACUGUAGGAAGGAGUAUAGCAUUUACAUUGUUUAUAUCUCUCAACCCGCUCCGCUUCCUUGAUGAGUGUUACAAAGGACGGACAACUUCAUCUACCGUAAGGGACGAAAAAACUUGCCUUAGUAGAAUAUUGGCUGAACGCCCCAAGUAUUGCCACUCUCACUUUCCUAUCCCCCAUGACGCCACCCUUGAUGGAAGGAGGCUGAGCUGGCAUAUCAAACAGGCUACUUAAAUGAAGUGUUGAUCAAACCGCUAAUAACUUGACAAUAUAUUUACAAUGUUAAAGUGAUCGAGUCACUCUGAAAAUAAGUUUUCAUGGGAGCUAUGGAAAAAAUGCAGUUGAGUGACAUUAACAUUAAUCUCAGUGAAGCGCCAGUUAUUAGGAAAGAGUGACUAGGUAAUUAAAGUUCUCCAGUGCUGACGAACAAAAGGCGAUGUUAAUGAUGGGCAAGGUGUUGGGGUGGUGGGUGAUUCGUAAGGCCUUGCUACUGGUGGGGAUACUGACUGUAGUAAUGCUGGCUGCCGGGGUGUGGCGGGACCUUCAAACAACAGUCAGAGUUCAUGCCCCGUCACCCCUCAACGUCAGCCCACUCUAUCCUUCGCACAUGACACUCCUCGACCUGCCGCAAUUCUCUUACGUGAUCAAUAAUGACGUGUGCAGUACGAGUAACGUGUCCCUGGUGAUCAUUGUGCACACGCACCCGGCGAGGCGCCAGGAGAGGGACGUGAUCAGGAAAAGCAUGCCCUCUCAGGAUUUAAAGGAGUUAGGUAUGCGUAGGGUGUUCCUCUUGGCCCGCGCCGAGUGGGAAGACCAGCCGCACUACAGCAAGACACCGCAGUGGAGUAUCGAGGAAGAGAAUCUGGAGCAUCGCGACAUUGUGCAAGGCAAUUUCAAGGAGCAUUAUCACAAUCUCACCUACAAACACGUCAUGGGGCUACAGUGGACAACCCGCUACUGUCCGCAGGCCAAGUUUGUUAUCAAGAUGGACGGAGAUAUUGCCGGAGAUAUAUAUCAGUUUCGUGAUAGGCUGAGGAGCAGAUACGCAGAGCGGCGGAACCUGAUCGUUGGACUCCUGCAAGUGGAGGCCCGUCCAGUGCGGGAUAAAGCCAGCAAGUGGUACGUCAGUGAAACAGACUACCCAGACAAGUUUUAUGCACCCUUCAUCUCUGGUUGGGCAUACGCCAUCACCGCUGAUGCCGUCCGUGCCGUGGUUCAGGAGUCAUCAAUGUGGCCCUACUUCUGGAUCGACGACGUGCACAUAACCGGAACGCUAGCAGAACGAGCAGGCAUUAAGCGAGAGGGUAUCAACGGACUCUUCACCGUCCAUUCAGAUCAUUUACAUUGCUGCCUUGAUCUCCCAGGGAGCGCUGGUUACUAUUGCGACUACCUGGCCGGCCCAAGCGAGGGUGAUCUAGAUUUGCUGGGACGGGUGCUCAAUCAUGCCAGGGCCUGCUACAUUGACCCCUGUCAGCGUCGCGCGCCCAAUGUCAGCGUGUCUAAAACAUGUGUACGCGCUAAGCCUCCUGCUGGACCACGACCCGUCCUGGGCAAGGGCCACGGAGAAAUUAAGCGAGUCUAUAAGUGACGAAACGUAGACACUCAAUAAGCUAUCUCCAACUGUUAUUUAUAGCAUUUAGUACUAUAGACGUGUUUGCGCAAUGUGCAGUGCUGUGUGAUCACUAGUCUUCUAAUGGAUAAAGGAUUGUUGGUUGCAUAUACGUGAUACGUAUUAUGCUUAUUGACUUUGAUUACAAAUUGAAUCCUUUCCUCUGGCUCAAUUUGUCUAUUUGCAGUGGAACCUUGCAAAUUAUAUCUUGCCAUGUGAUGCCAAAUAAACCUUGUACAUAUGACUUUUUUUUUUGUUGUUACACGUGAAUAUAAAAAAUAUCUUGUCUUAUUGGCUGACUGGAGUCAGCUUAACAUUUUCACAGAAUUCAAGCAUUUACUAAACGUACAACAAAAGUUUUAGAUGUUCCCUAGCACUGCAUUUAUCACUUGCAUUAAUAUGCCUUCACUUAAAAGAAUAAUUAAUAAAUAAAUAAAUACAUAAAAAUGAAA